AUGCAUUCCUGUCUGAACCGCGCGCAGUCCGUCUUUGGCUUCUUCACCACCGUCGCUCUGGUGGUCAGCGCGCUGGCCGCCUUGUCGGUGGUGCUGUUUCCCACCGACGAAGUCAAGACGGCCGUCGAGCUGAAGAACGUGCACGUCGUCAAGGGCCGCCCGCACUACUACUCCUCCAAGCGCGAGGAGUACGCCCAACUCCGCUUCGACCUGGACGCCGACCUAUCCCCGCUCUUCAACUGGAACACCAAGCAGCUCUUCGUCUACGUCUACGCCACGUACUCGUCCUCCGAUCGCGCCGACUCGGCCGUGCCCGCCUCCGAGGCCGUGGUCUGGGACGCUAUCAUCCCGGCCACGCCGUCGCCGUAUUCGUGGGACGCGCUCCUCGAGAAAGCAACUGAGCUUCUCCCAACAUCCAUCGCUUCCUCGAUCUUUUCGUCCUCAUCAUCGUCGGCCAAGCGCGCCUCCAAACGAGCCAAAAAGCCCUUAACAAAGAAGACCGGCUCCAAGAAACCCGCCGCAUCCUCGAAGGAAGAGGCUGCUGCUACAUCGGCGCCUGGACUGCUGCGUCUGCGCGACCAGAAGUCCAAGUACCAGAUUAGUGAUAUCACUGGCCGGCUGGUUGAGCGCAAGAAUGUUACUUUGUCUGUUGGCUGGAACGUUCAGCCCUGGGUUGGUGCCCUGUGGUGGAGUCCCCGCUCCGGGGCCGUCCCGCAUACCGCGGGUUCUGUGGGGACGGGGGCGCCGUUUGAUUUCCCGGCCCUUAAGGGGAGUAAGAAGGCUGCUGAGGGGAAGAAGGAGAGCGUAUAG